GUGCCUCAUGGUGCUGUACUCGGAGGCAGAGCCGUCCCAGAGGCCAGCGCUGUCCCGGCCCUGUGCCACACCGGCACGGUGCCUGCACGCUGGCACUGCCGGGGCACCGGGAACCCCCGGUUCCUGCCCUGAGCCGGGCGGCGUUACCACAGCAAGGCUGCAGAACACAGCCAGAGAUGUGUGGGCAUUCAUUGUCCUGAAUGAUAAAUGGCUACAGAGAAAUUGCCCCUUGGAGAAAAUGGGAUCCUAAGUGGACUGGAAGAGACGUCCAGUCCAUGUGGGAAAUAGAAAUUGCUGCACUGGGCCCCAAAAUGAGGAAGAAAACAAAAUGGAAAAACAAAUCAGAACAGCUUUUCCUGCUUUCCGGUCUCCCUGGCUCCUCUUGCCAGCACUGAGGGAAGGGACUCUGGCUUUCCUGCCCGGACCAGGGCCCUGGGGAGCUGCCUCUUGUUUUUAGUUUCCUUACUUGGAGCAGGAAUUACAUUAGCAGGUCUUGAAGCCAGCAGCACUGCGCCCAUGUUCCUUCCGGGAAACUGCUGUCAUUCCAAGCUCUGGCUUUGUGCUUCCUGCCGUGGCGCCCUCCGGCCAGCCCUCUGGCCCCGCUCGGCCACGGCUCAGCAGGGGGCUGAUGAGCACGGUCGUGAUCAGGGAAAUUGGAGCAGGGAGCGUGGAAGUGAGAGUCCCUCCCGUCCUCGCAAAAAUGGCAGGGGAUGUUUUUGCAGGGCCAUGACAGCAUAGGCAGUGGUGAGAAAUGGAUCGCUUCACCGAGUGUGGGACCCAGACGGACGCCGUGGUGGUGCUCUCCCUGGCACAGGCGGCGGUGCUGGGCUUGGUGUCCGAGAAUGAGCUGCUUGGGGCCACCGUCAGCCCCGCCGGCUUCUUCCCGGGGCUGGGAGGAGAACUGCCCGAGACGACGGGAGUGGAGCUGGAGGAGCCGGAGGGCGAGUACCGGCUGGAGGGCGACGGGCAGGCACCGGGGGAUGGGCAGGAGGAGGAAGCCCUGGAGGCAGAGUCGUCCUUGGAGAAGCAUGCCCGGAGGAGGAAGCGGCCUCCUGUGAGGCUGGUGCCCAAGGUCAAGCGCGAGAAGGCCGAGGUGGAGGAAGAGGUGGUGUACGAAGUGUCCGUCCCCGGGGAAGACAAGGGCGAGCUGCAGCACAAGCUCCCGCCCGCCUUCCCGGACCCCAGCCAGGAGAAGACGGUGCAGAGCAGCGCCGUGAAGAUGAUCGACCUCAGCUCCUUCAGCAGGAAGCCCCGCCGCCUGCGGCACCUGCGCCGGCACACGCGCCAGUCCUCGGAGCGCUACGAGCCGCUCCACGGCAAGCCCGACCCGGCGGGCACGGCAGAGGGCAGCACCGCGGGCACCCCGCAGACCGAGUGCGCCUUCGAGGCGGGCGCCCCAUCCCCGGGCGAGGUGGAGGCACCCGCGUCCCCCGAGCAGGUGAAGAACGAGCAGGGCUUCACGUGGCAGGAGCCCGGGGAGCUCGAGGCGGACGCGGCGGGCGCCAACAGCGAGCGCAACAAGAAGGCGCAGCUGGACCGGCUGGACAUCAACGUGCAGAUCGACGACUCCUACCUGGUGGAGGCGGGGGACCGCCAGAAGCGCUGGCAGUGCCGCAUGUGCGAGAAGUCCUACACCUCCAAGUACAACCUGGUGACCCACAUCCUGGGCCACAACGGCAUCAAGCCCCACUCCUGCCCGCACUGCAACAAGCUCUUCAAGCAGCCCAGCCACCUGCAGACCCACCUGCUGACCCACCAGGGCACGCGGCCGCACAAGUGCGAGGUGUGCAGCAAGGCGUUCACGCAGACCAGCCACCUGAAGCGGCACAUGCUGCUGCACACCGACAUCAAGCCCUACAGCUGCCGCUUCUGCGGGAGGGGCUUCGCCUACCCCAGCGAGCUGAAGGCGCACGAGGUGAAGCACGAGAGUGGCCGCUGCCACGUCUGCGUGGAGUGCGGGCUGGACUUCUCCACGCUCACCCAGCUGAAGCGGCACCUCGCCACGCACCAGGGCCCCACGCUCUACCAGUGCCUGGAGUGCAGCAAGUCCUUCCACUACCGCAGCCAGCUGCAGAACCACAUGCUGAAGCACCAGAACGUCCGGCCCUUUGUCUGCACCGAGUGCGGCAUGGAGUUCAGCCAGAUCCACCACCUCAAGCAGCACUCGCUCACCCACAAGGGCGUGAAGGAGUUCAAGUGCGAGGUGUGCGGGCGGGAGUUCACCCUGCAGGCCAACAUGAAGCGCCACAUGCUCAUACACACCAGCGUCCGUCCGUACCAGUGCCACAUCUGCUUCAAGACGUUUGUGCAGAAGCAGACGCUCAAGACCCACAUGAUUGUGCACUCACCGGUGAAGCCAUUCAAAUGCAAGGUUUGUGGGAAGUCCUUUAACCGCAUGUACAACCUGCUGGGCCACAUGCAUCUGCACGCUGGGAGCAAGCCCUUCAAGUGUCCCUAUUGCUCCAGCAAGUUCAACCUGAAAGGCAACCUGAGCCGGCACAUGAAGGUCAAGCACGGGGUGAUGGACAUCAGCCUGGACAGCCAAGACCCCAUGAUGGACCUGGCCGGGGCUGAGCACGCCGAGCUGGACGGCCAGCAGGAGAUGGAAGACUUCGAGGAGGAGAACUCUUACGGCUACGGAGGGGUCGGCAACCCCCCAGAUGAGAGUGCACUGACGGAGCAGGCCAUGAAGGAGAUGGCGUACUACAACAUGUUGUAGCCAAGCGGGAGGGCGGCCGGCCCGCAGCAGGCUGGAGGAGGGCGGCUGCCAGCCUGCGUGGACCUUGCGUGGUAAGAGGAGCUGCUGCUGCCCGCGGGCUCGGCGCCCAGGCAGACCCGCUGGAGAGGGGCAGGCUGCAGCCAGGUGGGCGAAGGAGGAGACGGGGAUGUCCUGCGAGCUGUGCUGGGUGGAGGCUGGAGGCAGCGCGGGGCAGCGGUUGCAGCCUGCCUCGGGCACUCGGAGUAGGUAUGCCAAGCCAGCAAGGCUCCAGCACGCUUUGAGAGCUGCAGAAGCCUGGGCAAGCUCAUGCCACCAACGGGGGCUGUUCCUGCUCGGGGCCCCGUCUCCUCCAGCCGCCCUGGAGAAGGAGCACCCGAGCGGCACACAGCUCCCCUGCCCAGCGCCGUGCUGCCCGUCCUGCCCUCCCACCUGCCCUCCCACCUGCCCCGCUGCUGGGUGGGAAGCCAGGACCUCGCCCCAGUCUUCCCCUUGCCUGUAGCCUAGCAUCCAGCGUACUCCAAGCUGCGGGCAGGGGAGGGCACAUCCCAGAAGACGACGAGCAUUAUUUGUGAUUCUACCUCCUGGGUCCUCCCCGCUUGGCUGGGCUGCAGGCCAGCUGCACCGCCAGCCCAGUGCCCCCACCGCGCGGCCAGCAGCGCAGGAGCCCCUCUGCCUGCACGAGGCCAAGCAGGAAGGAGGCUGUGCUGCAGCUCCCGCUCAGUCCCCGUCUCCUCGGCAGGCGAGAGCAGUUCUGGUUGCUCUGUCAUCAGCUGCGAGCUGGUACAGGCAAAGCUGUGGCAAGCCAAGAGAGGCCACAGGGCACAUACAAAACAGAAUAUUUUCUUACAAACUAAUUGCAAAGCUCAGUGGAAGCAGCAGCUCUGAGUAUAGAGCAGCUUUAGUGAGCGAUGUAUUUAAAGGAAGGCAAACCCUGUUCAACUUGAGCAAAUGAUGGUAUUUUGAAAGUAAUUUAUUUUUUUCAGAUGUGCCGCGUGGUUGGAUUUAUCUUUUCACUGAGUUCAGUUUCCUUCAACCAAUGUUCUUUGUAAA